UUUCAAAAAGCUCACACCAGGAACAUAAAGCAUAAAUAAACAUCCACAAUUGUCAAACCCAACGCUCCAAGAAGAGACCCAAGAAAACGGUUACCAAAACCAAAAACCGAAGCCAAAACCUCCGAAAAUGAGACUCCUCAUUCUGGCCGCUGCCGCCGUCCUCCUCCUCCUCCAAGUCUCGGCCGCCGGGGCUGCCCGUAGGGAGCUGAUCAAUGGCUGGAACCCGAUAAAGGACGUGAGUGACCCGUACGUGGUGAAUAUCGCUAAGUUUGCCGUCCAGAUACACAAUGACAAGGCCAAGACGGGGCUGGUGCUGGAGAAGGUGGUGAGGGGCGAGACGCAGGUCGUGUCGGGGACGAACUAUAGGCUCGUCAUCCAGGUCAAGGAUGGGGCCGAGACCAAGAGCUACGAGGCCAUCGUUUUUGACAAGCCGUGGGAUUAUGUCAGGCGUCUCACGUCGUUCAAGCCCCUUUUGGGCAACGCAUGAGGUCGUGUUUGAGAAUAAUUGAUGUUAACCCUUUAGGAAUUUGGCAAUAAAACAAGAUCUGGUUUUCAUUUUUAGAA